CCGCUGGACCCUCACCAUGGCGCCGGGGCUCCUGAGCGCGGCGCUGCUGCUCGUGGGGGGCGCUGUCUUGUACACCGAACAGCCCUGGUUCUCGGAAAGGGGCCGGCCCGGCCCCUCGCAGGAGCAGGCCGCGGCUCCCGGGUGGCCGGAGGCCAGGCGCGGGGGGCUCAGGCCGCAGAGGGGGCACCCCACGCAGGAAAAGAAGAGGCCGGCCGCGAAGGGCAGUAUCUGUUCAUUCCUGUCUUCGGACCACAGCCUCCCUGCCUUUCCCCGUUGUGGAACGGCACCACUUGUGGAUAUGUUGAAAGGGUCUCGGAUUAUCGGGGGCUCAGAUGCACAGGCUGGGGCCUGGCCGUGGAUAGUUAGCCUGCAGAUUCAGUCUGGGAGAAUCCUUACUCACGUGUGUGGGGGAAGCUUAGUGAGAGACAGCUGGGUCCUCACGGCUGCCCACUGCACUAGGGACACUAGAGAUCCUUUAAUGUGGAGAGUUGUGCUUGGAACUAAUAAUAUAGCUGGGCGUCAUCCACACACCAAGAUUUUAAAAGUUAAAGCAAUCAUCGUCCAUCCAAACUUCGAUGUGCAAACUUAUGUAAAUGAUAUUGCACUCUUUCAUUUAAAAAAAGAAGUGAGGUAUAAUAACUAUAUUCAGCCUAUCUGUCUACCUUUCGAUGUCUUCCAAAACCUGGAUGGAAACACAAAGUGUUUUAUAGGUGGCUGGGGAAGAACAAAAGAAGAAGGUAAUGCUACAAGCACGUUGCAGGAAGCACAAGUGCAUUAUAUUUCUCGAAACGUUUGUAGUUCUGACCUGAGUUAUGGGUCUAUACUCCCUGUAACUUCAUUCUGUGCAGGUGACGAAGAUGGAAUCUUCGAUACUUGCAGGGGUGAUAGUGGUGGACCAUUAAUGUGCUACCUUCCAGAACACAGACGAUUUUUUGUCAUGGGAAUUACCAGCUAUGGAUAUGGCUGUGGUCGAAAAAAUUUUCCUGGUGUCUAUAGUGGACCGUUCUUCUUCCAAACAUGGCUGACAGAUCACUUCAACAAGGCAAUCAGUAAAGACAUAUUUAAUAUAAAUAUUCCACUUAGACAUGUCCUCAUCGCCUUAUGUUCUGUUAUUUUACUAGCAACUCUGUAAAAAAAUACUGAAGAACCUUUAUUUUUCAUCAUGUCCCUUUCCAUGUUCUACAUAGUGAAAGUAAUUUAUUCUUUGGGCAAGUUAUUGCCCACUUUGAGUUCUCACGUGCACAUUUUGGGGGGAAUGAAAGACUGAUGUUUGAGAUGAGGGACUGUAAGUUUGGCACCGAAUCACACGCAGCCUUGAUGUAUCUUGAUUGCUUUACUUUAUAAUCAAUCCUUUCCUAGAGUUCAUAUGAAAUAUUCAGUUUAAAUAUAUAUACCUUAUGUAUGUACAUACCAGAUAAUAAAGAGUUUGUAAUUAAGAUGGAAGUUGUUCUUCCGUGCACCACCCAUGGACGUGAACUAAGU